AUGAAGACCUUCUCGCUCUCCCUCGCUCUUCUGGCCGCUGCCAGCAUGGUCAGCGCUGAUGUUUCCGUCAGCGACUGCGCUCAAAUGUGUCUCAGCAACAUGAGCGGAAAGGCUUCUGAGCUUGGCUGCUCCAGCGGCGACCUGUCCUGCCUGUGCAGCAAGCCCGACUACAGCUACGGUAUUCGCGACUGCACCGCUCAGGCCUGCCCCAAUGAUGACGCCAACGCCGUUGUCUCGUCGGCUCUUGCUUCUUGCCCCACCUCCUCUGGCAGCUCCGACUCUGCCUCUGCUACUGGUGCUUCUAGCACUGGCUCCGGCGCUAGCGGUGCUGGAUCUACCACCUCUGCCUCCUCGGCUAGCGGCAGUGGUGCCUCGUCUGCCUCUGGAACCAACAGUGGUAACACCAGCGGUGCCACGACUGGCGCUACCACCAGUGGAGCGACUUCUGGUGCGACCACCCUGAGCACUAUCACCAGCACGAGCACUAGCACCGGCACUGUCUCUGGUCAGACCACUCUGAGCACUAUCACUGGAACCAGCACUAGCACCGGUACUGUCUCUGGUGCCACUUCGGGCUCUUCUGGCAGCUCUACCUCUGGCUCUGGCUCUGGUUCUGGAUCUGGCUCUUCCGGCUCUGGCGGCUCUUCCUCUGCGACCGGAACUGCUCCCUCUUCCUCCGAGACUACUGGUGCUGCCCCCAAGCUUAACGUUGCCAGCAGUGGAAUUGCCGGUGCCCUUGGUCUCGCUGCUAUGUUCCUUCUCUAA